AGGGGCGCGCCGGGGACAUCGGCGGAGCACCGGCCCCCGGGAAGGGGGGGGCCAGUGCCCGCCUGUGCCUCCCCUCCCUGCCCCCGGGAACGAGGAAGCGCCUCUGGACAUCUUCAGCCGUCACUCUGCAGCGUAGUUCCCCGCUGGCACCAUCACCUGGCCCUGUGUCCCCACCAGGUGCAGGGACCUGUCCCCAGGCGGGGAGUGGGGGGGGUGCUGGCCCUGGAGAUGGCUGGGCAGAGAGGAGGGCUGUCCCUGCCCCUGCUGCUGCUGCUGCUGAGCCUCGCCGUGCCGGACCUUGCGCCGGGGACCACUGUCAUGGGUGUGACAGCAACCAUGUCCCCAGCCCUCCCUACAUCCCCGACACCCACAGAGACCUUGGCACUGCUGCCCACCACCGCCUCCAACACCACUGCAGCCAUCAUCACUCCCUCCAGAUCUGAAACCUCCUCCCCAGAGGUGCUGACGGGUGACUCUGGGGAGGAGGCCAAUGCCACAACAGCUCCAGGGAGCAGCCCGGCAGCCUCCAGCAUCACCACACAGCAGGCGAGGGGUGGCAUAGCCUACAGCACUCCCAGCUCGUCUGCCAGCACCAUGGCGCAGCCUGACCCCACUCCCACAGAGUUGAGGCUCACCACCAGCCCCUCAACUCCAACCACCACGGCCGCAACAACCAGCUGUGCCGAGACGACCAUCUUCACGUCUGUGGGGACCAGCACGGCCCUGGCUGUCACCUCGUUUGGAGUCGAAACGACAGACACUUUGGACGAGCUCUCGCCCACCCCGCCUGACACCACGGGGUCCCUCCUUACCAGCACGGGGGUCCCCGGGAGCACCCCUACCCCCAGCCAGCCAGCGGGGACCACAGCCACCACCAGCCCUGGUACCUCCCCCUCGAUAGCACCGGAGACUCCCAGUGCCACCGCGGGGACCACUGUCACAGAUGUGACAGCAACCAUGUCCCCGGCUCUUCCUACCUCUCUGACACCUAUAAAGACCUCGGCACUGAUGCCCACCACCGACUCCACCACCACAGGCACCAUCCCUCCCUCCAGCCCUGAAACAGGAUCCUCCACGCUGGAGAGAUCCAGCACACCCCUGGGGACCGGCAGCACCUCACCUCACACCGCGUCUCCUCCCACCACACCAGCACCGACAGCUUCUUCGGCCGAGACCUUGGUGACCUCAGUGGACACCAUGGCCACCUCUGAUACCAGUACAGGGAACACCCCCACUCCCAGCCAGACGGUCAGGACCAUGUCCGGGACCACCCCUGGCAUCUCCACCACUGUGGGGCCAACCCCGGGCACCUCGACAGCACCUGAGACCCCAAGCACGGCGACGGGCACGAAGCCCUCUUCCCCUGCCACUGACCCAACCCAGACCACAGAGGUUACCCGCAGCACCCGUGCAAGCCUGCCAACGACGCCACCUGUCUGCCCUACCAUCACGCCCAACACCAGAGCGUCUCACCUCUUUCUGUCGCUGCGGCUUACCGUUCCCCUGGAGCUGGAGAACACCAUGGUGCAGGAGCUGCUGUUGUCCGAGCUCCGUCGGGUCCUGCAGACGAAGUUCCCAUGUGCUGGCCUGGCAGUGGAGUGGCGAGGGAAGAGGAGGACCUGACCGCUGCUCCUCGCCCAGCCGGGACCUGCAGGGCUGGCACCCCUGUGGGCUGGCAAGCCUUCUGCUCCUAGCUCCUUACUCCAUGGUGGUGCAGCCCUUUGGGGUAACCUGUAAAGCUCCCCUUCAACCUGGGACCCCCUGUCCUUCACCACACACCCCCAGAGGACCCCCAGUGCCCCCAGUGGGCUGGAGUGCCCCUGCCCCUUCCUGUGGCCUGUCUGUAGAGCUGGAGCCCUCCCACCACCCUGCAUCAGACCUGGCUCCCACAGCAGGACCCCCCCCCCCAGUGCUGCUGUGGGGCUGGGAGGAGGGGACCCUGCAGGGCGGGGUUUUUCCAGCUGGGACUCAUCUGGCUCAGCCAUGAAAACUGCCCUGGGGACUGACGGAUGAGAGAAAGGAGACCUGGAGCUGCCGGUACCGCUGUGCCCAGGGCACUUGGGGGCUCGGUGAUGGCGACCUCCGAGGAUUUGGAACCCUGGGAGGCUGCGGUGCUUGAGGUCUUUGAGAGAUGCUCUGGGGCUGUUUCACAUCCUGAGUGGGCCACGAUGGAGCCCGGGGGUGGCUCUGGGAAGGAGGCAGGAGAGGAAACCCUCCCUCUACCCUCCGAGUGCCGUCCUGGGACCGGCUGUGCUCCUGAGCCCCGUGGCACAGAGGGCGAGGGAAGCCAGAGCCUGGCACACCGGCUCUCCCCGUCCUGCCUGCGGAGUCGUCGGCAGAGAAGCAUACCCGUGCCAACACGGGCCGGGCACUAAAGGGAAAUCCCACGUUCUCCGUGCCAAAGACGACGACUUCUUUUUUUUUUUCCAAGUUGCCUUCCCCAAUUUUCGGCUUCGCCAUCUAGCAGAGGUACCGGCAAGGAAAACCAGCUGAGUCCCAAAAAGCUUCGCAACACAGACAUGGGCUGUCCCGUCGUGACAGGGGCCACUGCAGACAUUCCUGAGGACGGUUCAGCACCCCGACAGGCUGGGGGUCCCCGCUUUGGUGCUCUCCCCCCCAUGACAGGGCAGCUGUGCUCACCAUGGGGCCGUGGAAAUCCCGUGGGCUGUGCUCCUUCCCUGUUUUUUUCCAGUCCCAAGCUAAGGAGACAGCCGCAGCGCCUGUCCCCCUGCAGCGAAGUCAUUUAUUAACUGAUUAAUUAGCCAGAUAAAAAUCCAACCAAAGCAAUUAUUAGCCUAAGCAAGUCACCUCACUGGGAGAUUGAAAACUGAAAUAAUU